AUGUCUUUUUCCAACAUUACAGCCUCCUUAAUAGGAGAUUCCCUAGUGAUGCUUAAAGGCUGUAUAAAACAGUCCAUAGUUGUAGCUUCUGUAAUAAAUAACGGCAGAGCUUUCAAUCUCUUUCAAUUGUUUUUGCCACAUUUGCCAGAGCACCCGGAAGGAGUUCCUCCUCAUCUACAGGUACUAAGCUGCAUUAGAUUUUUUGCAGAAGGCCAAUACCAAAAAGGAUGUGGUAGAGAUUUAUACCACCCAAUGGCUCAACCAACAGUCAGCAAGUACUUGCACAUUGUAUGCCCUACAAUAAUUCGUGCUCUAGGACACUUAGCAGAAUUCCCUAAUACUGCUGAAGAACGUCGAAGAAUUUUUCAGAGCUUUCAAGAAAUUAUUGGAUUUCUGGGGGUCCUCGGUGCUAUUGACUGUAAUCUUAUUGAUAAACAUACGCCAGCCAAUCAUGAAGAGGCUUAUGUAAAUUAUAAGAGUAAACACUCCCUUAACGUGCAAAUGAUAUGCGAUACCAACUACAGAAUAAGAGCCCUUCGAAUUUGCAGUGGAUCUACAAAUGAUCGUUUCAUCUGGAAAUGGAGUCAAGCACGCAAUGAGAUGGACGAGCUACGAGCGAGGGACGGUGGUUACACUGUUUCUCCAGUCCUCUUAACCCCUUAUCCACGAACAAUACCUGAUACGGAGGAGAUCCGUUUUGACACCUCCUUCAAAGCUGCAAGAAGUCACAAAACAUUACACUACUUUAUAGUUACCUCGGCUGAAAUUUUAACAGCGUCAGUUUUGCUGCACAAUUACUUGGAAGAGAACGAAAUCAUCCCACCUGAACAUGUUGAAGAUGACGGUCCCGUAGCAAAUAAUGCACCUGAUCAUGAAGGUGAUGUUCUUGCAGAUAACUAUGCAGAAAGUGUUGCCACUCGUCGAGAUUUGACUCAGUUGUAUUUUUAA